CAAAUCGCUUGUCGUACUGAGAAUAUGUGGCAAGUUAAAUAAACUAUAUAGGCGUUCAAAUAUUAAGUCAUCCGCUAAGGCGUCUCGCAACUCAGGUCCUGGUUUGGGGGGUAAAACUCGCUCGUUCAAUUGAUCGAACUCAGUCAAUCGAUCGAUCAGUCUAUCAAAAAUAUGUAAACAUAUUCCCCUUCGCCCAUCGCUCGGACGGACUCUUCCACCGACAGCGCACCGUGCUCUUCAGCACGCAAACGACCUGUUGGUCACGUGGCUCCGCCGCUGUCUGCUUGCUUACCUCCAUUCUUUCGAUGAUAGACAACAGUUAAGUGGCGGAGCGCAGGGCGCAAACACUUGGGCUCCCGGGUCGCAAGAAAAGGAGGGGGAGGUGUGCGUGCGUGCUCGCGGCCCGACUUCCGGGAGCUUCUGGAAGGCUCCCUGUGGAUGCUUAUUUUGAGAGCCUUCUGCGAAGGGCCCAUUUCUAAACUUGGCUAAAAGGACCCGGCACGCGGCUGGCGUUCCCUUCUCCGGCGCUUCCGGCUCCGACUGUGACGCCGCGUAGCUCUUUCUGUCGCCGAGCCGCGCCACACGGGCUUCCCCGGUGCAACGCACCCGCCGCGGUGUCCGCGCUCGGGCGCCGGUCUCAUGAGGCUCCUUACACUGUUCGCGUGGUUCGCAUCUGCUGCGGCCGACUCCUCUCUAAGACCGGCAGGCUCGGCGUUUAACUUCGCCGUGUGUCACCCAACAGGACAACUUUAACACGACAGUCUUUCACGCUAGAAUAUUACCGAUACAGGAGGAGAAGAGGGGGAGACAUGGACAAAGGCCGGCCCGUGGUAACGAGGACCUCUACGAGCUAUCGCACUCCGACGGCCAUUGGCGUCAGUGAUAGUGGCGAGCUGUUUUGCGGGUGCCUGAACUUGGCGGUUUUCAACACGAGAACAGGCGUCUACAAGAUCCUUGAAACGGCGCUGUCAAGCAUCUCGCUGUGCCUGAUCCUGUGGUACGGGACGCCCGUCUGGCUUCUGCUCGGGCCCGCCUACCCGUUCUACCUUACCGCGGUCACCUGCUCGCUCAUGGGCUCGGCCACCUUCCUGCUGGCGUACCUUGUCUCCAGGAACACAUUCCUCGUAGCCAGGAGCACCGUGCUGGAGACGAUACAGAACGGCGUCUCGUUCCUGCUCCUGGGCGGAUCGUCGGCGUUCCUGCUGGUGCAGACGUACUUCUUCCUGUGGCCAAUGUACUUGCUGAUCCCCUUCUUCCAGGCCUACCCCGCCAUGAUGGCGGCCGGGGUACUGGGAGCAACAGCAGCUGCAGUUCACUUCUUGGACUCCGUGCUGGCGUGCCGAAAUCUAAGGCAGUGAAUACGUGCCGACGAAUGCUUGUUUCUUUGUAAUUAAAUAAUGUUAAGCA